UUCCACACACACAAAAAAAGAAAAAUACAAAAAAAAGAGUGAGGAAGUGCCUUCUGGCAUAAAAAUGAGAGUAAAAAGAAGUGUGCGGAGGUGAGACGCACAAAAUUGGAUACUUCGGUAUCUACUAAGAAUUUCUUUACUGUGUUCUUUGGACAGUAAAGAAAUAUCUAUGUUGCGGCUAACGCGACGAAAUCUUGUUCUCUGACCAGCUGAAAAGCUGAGAGGAAAAAAACAUCUAACGGUGUACAAACAACGUUGUAGAAACAAAAAAAACUUGAGAAGAAAGUGUCUAGCCUGUCGGUGGAGGUAUAUGGAGGAAAGUGUGACUAGGCUGCGGAGGUUGGAGGAGAGAGGGAAGUUGAACCUUGCUGAUGCUACAAACAAAGUCUGAUUGCGGUACGAUGAGGCGGGCGGCCCCCAAAAUUUUUUUUGGAAAGUUUUUAAAAUUAAUUUUAAAAUUGAAUAAGAUCAGAAUGAGAGAGAGAAAUAGAUCGAAAAAAGAGGAAAACAAGUGUAGAAUUAGAAAAUUUAAUUUUUUAAAAGUGUUUAAGAUUAUUGCUGAGUACAGGAAGUACAGCAAGUGUCAGAUAGGGAAUAUAAUAUUUUGUGAUAAGGGAAAAAGAACUCAACCUAAAUCUCAAAUGUUGAUAUAUAACGGAUAUGCAGUUUGUAAAUUUAGUUUAAUUUCAAAAUUUUUUACAAAUUUUCUGGAUAUAGAGUGA